AUGCGCAUCGCGAUCGAUGUGAUGGGCGGGGACCAUGCGCCGGACGUGAUCGUCCGCGGGUGUCUCGACGCUCUCGCUGUCAUCUCGGAUUCUGACGAGCUGGUGCUCGUGGGUGACGAGCCGACGGUGCGCGAGAUCAUGGCGGAGCGGGGUGUGAGCGACGGCCGGGUCUCGGUCGUCCACACGACGGAAGUCAUCGAGAUGCACGACUCGCCCGUGAACGCGGUGCGGGAGAAGCAGGACUCGUCCAUCGUGCGGAUGAUGCGUCUCGGGUCCUCGAAAAAGAGCGACAACCCGGUGGACGUGGUGAUCUCGGCGGGGAACACGGGGGCGUGCGUCAGCGCGGCGACGAUGUACAUGCGUCGGCUCGACGGCGUGCACCGGCCGGGCAUCGCCUGUGCGGUGCCGACGUUCCACGGGCCGGUGGUGAUGUGCGAUGUCGGCGCGAACCCGGAGCCGCGUGACACGCACCUGGCGCAGUACGCGGAGAUGGCGGACAUCUACGCGCGGCGUGUGCUGGGGAUGGAGAUGCCGCGGGUCGCCCUGCUGAACAUCGGUUCGGAGGAGGCGAAGGGGACGGGGAUGAUCAAGAACGUGCGUGACAUGCUCCGCGCGACGCCGGAGCUGAACUAUUCGGGGUACGUCGAGGGGCGGGACGUGUUCGAGGGUGUGGCGGACGUGAUCGUGUGCGACGGGUUCGUCGGGAACACGAUGCUGAAGCUGGCCGAGGGCCUGAGCAAGAGCCUGUUCAAGGCGAUCGCGCACGAGGUGAUCUCGCACGACCCGGAGCUGGCGCUCGCCCUGGAGCCGGUGGUGUCGGGCCUGAAGAAGAAGAACGACUACCACGAGUACGGCGGGGCGCCGCUGCUGGGCGUGAACGGGGUGUGCUUCAUCUGCCACGGCUCGAGCGAGGCGCGGACGAUCACGAACACGAUCCGCAACGCGCUGGAGUACGUGAAGGCGGGGGUGAACGAGACGAUCGUCGAGCGUCUGCGGAAGCUCGAGGACAUGGCGAAGCUCGUUGAUACGUCCGACGAGUGGAUCACGCAGCGCACGGGGAUCCGCCAGCGGUACCAGUGCGAUCCGAUGAAGAACGAGACGACGCACACGAUCAGCCAGUGGGCGUUGGAGCGGGCGCUCGAGGACGCGGGGGUCGACCCGAUGGAGCUCGACCUGGUCAUCGUGGCGUCGGUGACCGGGGAGAUGCGUUGCCCGGCGACGGCGUGCCGCGUGGCGGCGGACGCGGGGGCGAAGAACGCGGGGGCGUUCGAUCUGAUGGCGGCGUGCUCGGGCUUCGUGUACGGGCUCCACAUGGCGAACGACCUGAUCCGGACCGGCUCGCACCGGACGAUCGCGCUGGUCGGUUGCGACGUGAUGAGCCGCGUGACGGAUUACGAGAACCGCUCGGUGUGUGUGCUGUUCGGGGAUUCCGCCGGCGCGGCGAUCCUGAGAGCGAGCGACGAUCCGGGGCAGGGGAUGCGUCUUGGGACGCUCAAGGCAGACGGGAGCGGGUGGAAGGACCUGUACAUCCCCGAGCGGACGAGCGACUACCCGGUCGGGAUCGAUCACUCGGCGAUGAAGGACGGGACGCUCCAGAUGAACGGGCGCGAGGUGUACAAGUUCGCGGUGGGGACGUUCCCGAACCUGAUCGGUGAGACGCUCGAUCGCGGGGGCGUGACGGUGGACGACAUCUCGAUGUUCGUCUGCCACCAGUCGAACGCGCGGAUGCUCGAGUCGGCGCGGGAGAAGUUCGGGAUCCCGCAGGAGAAGAUGUACAUCAACAUCGACCGGUACGGGAACUGCUCGGCGGGCUCGGUGCCGGUGUGCCUCGACGAGCUUCGCGAACGGGGCGAAUGCCGGCCGGGCGACCUGGUGAUGUUCGGUUCCCAGACGGUCGGGAUGGGACGCGCGUGGUUCGAAUCCUCGCCCGCGGCGGCGCAGACGUUCGGCGCGGCUGACGAGAUCCUGGGCGAUUCCCUCGGGGUGAAGCUGAGCACGCUCUGCUUCGAGGGGCCCGAGGAGCGUCUCAACAAGACGGACGCGGCGCAGCCGGCGCUGUUCGUGUGCGGCGUGGCGAGUUUUCAGGCGCUGUUCAGCGGUGAGGCGAAGGAUUCGUUCGACGCGAUGGCUGGGCUGAGCCUGGGCGAGUACACGGCGCUGCACCUGGCGGGGGCGCUGAGCUUCGAGGACGGGCUGCGGCUGGUCGCGCUGCGCGGGCAGGCGAUGCAGGAGGCCGCCGAAGCGAGCGACGGCGGGAUGGUGGCGGUGAUCGGGGCGGAGGAGGACGCGGUCGCGGAGUUGUGCGACGCGGCGCGGGGCGGCGACGUGCUCGUGCCGGCGAACUUCAACGCGCCGGGGCAGAUCGUGAUCAGCGGGUCGAGCGUCGCGUGCGACCGGGCGGUGGAGCUGGCGGGCGAGCGUGGGAUGCGGGUGAGCAAGCUGAGCGUCGCGGGCGCGUUCCAUUCGCCCUUGAUGGAGCCGGCCGCGGAGCGACUGCGUUCGGCGCUGUCGAGCGUGGAGAUGCGGGCGCCGUGGUGCGACGUGGUGUCGAACGUGACGGCCGAGCCGCACGAUGCGGACCCGGGUUCGAUCGCGGAUCGUCUUGUCGAGCAGCUGACGAGCCCGGUACGAUGGUCGCAGUCCUGCGGCUGGCUCGCGGGCCGUUUUUCCGGGUCUUCGUACCAUGAACUGGCGUGGAGAACCAUGAUUCGCCGAGCUGAAUCCCGUUGGUCUGUCGGACGUCGCGCGGUCGCGCUGGGUCUCGGCGUGGUGCUGGUGUCGCUGGUCUCGUGCGGCGAGGAGCCGGAGGCGGAGCAGCAGCGCGUCGUCGUGGCGCCCCCCCCGCCGCCGCCGUCGCCGCUCGAGGAGAUCCGGCUGAACCCCAAGGUGGAGUUCCCGGAGCAGUACGAGCCCUCGACGGUGGAGAUCGCGGAGGCGGUGGCGGAGUUCGCGGCGGCGUUCGCGGUGGGCAGCGCCAACGCGGCCGAGUCGUACCUGAUGCCGGCGGACCGCGCGGUGCUGGAUCGCUUGCGGGAGCGCGGCGACUGGUCGGAGACGACGGGGAGCAUCGAGCUGGUGCGGAUCGUCGGGCUGGAGGAGGUCGAGGCGUCGGGCGAGCUGCGGGUGGGGUUCGGGGUGCAGGCCGAGGGCGGGGCGUACCUGCUCGGGUGGCGUGGCGUUCGGGACGGCUCGUCGUGGCGAUUCACGGCGCUGCCGAUCGGCUCGCGGACGGCGGCGAGCGCGCGGGCGCUUGACGGCGCGGACCUCUCGGGCGAGAACGUGGCGCGCGUCGCGGUGGUGACGGGCGCGAGCCGGGGGAUCGGUCGGGCGAUCGCGACGCGUCUGGCGUCGGACGGGCGUCACGUCGUGCUCGCGAGCCGGAGCGAGAGCCCGCUGAAUGAGCUCAAGGGCGAGAUCGAGGGCGCGGGGGGCUCGGCGAGCGUGCACACGGUGGACAUGGGCGACGGGGAGUCGGUCGCCGGGCUGAUCGAGACGGUCGCGAACGAGUUCGGCCGGCUCGACGUGCUCGUGAACAACGCGGGGAUCACGCGGGACAACCUCUCGCUGCGGAUGAGCGACGAGGAAUUCGACGAGGUGAUCGGCGUGAACCUGCGCGGCGUGUUCGUCGCGUGCCGCGCGGCGGCGCGUCCGAUGAUGCGCGGACGCUUCGGGCGGAUCGUGAACAUCGGGUCGACGUCGGGGCUGGUGGGGAACCCGGGGCAGGCGAACUACGCGGCCGCGAAGGCGGGCGUGAUCGGGAUGACGAAGUCGCUCGCCCGUGAGCUGGGGUCGAAGGGGAUCACGGCGAACGUGGUGGCGCCGGGGUUCAUCCAGACUGAGAUGACGGCGAACCUGGGUGACGCGGUGCUGGGGAAGGUGAAGGAAUCGGUGGUGGUGGGCCGUCUGGGGAUCCCUGAGGACAUCGCGUCGGCGGUGAGCUAUCUCUCGAGCGACGAGGCGGGGUACGUGACGGGGCAGGUGCUGACGGUGGAUGUCCGGUUUGGAGAAACUCACGUGACCGAGCAAGAAAUCGAAGCCAAGGUGAUCGAUAUUGUCGCCGACCAGAUGAGCGUCGAUAAGGGCCAGAUCACGCGCGAAACGAGCUUCGUGAACGACCUGAACGCGGACAGCCUCGAUGUUGUCGAGCUCGUGAUGGAGUUCGAGGACGAGUUCGAGACGUCGAUCCCGGACGACGAGGCGGAGAAGAUCAAGACGGUCGGCGAGGCGGUGGAUUUCAUCGCGAAGUCGAAGCAGUCCGCCGGCGCCGCCGCGCCGUCUCCACGGUCAUCUAUGGCAUCAGAUCCCUCAACCCGGCGCGUCGUGGUCACGGGCAUCGGCGCGGUGACCAAUCUCGGCGCGGACGCCCCUUCGACGUGGGACGCGAUGAAGCGCGGCGCGAGCGGUAUCUCGCGGAUCGUCGGCGAGCCGCCGUUCGACGAGUGGGACGACUCACACUGGCCGGUGAAGAUCGCCGGUCACAUCCGCGGGUUCGAUCCUUCCGCGGUGAUCGACGGACGCGAGCAGAAAAAGCUGGACCGCUUCGCGCAGCUCGGCAUGGUCGCGGGCGUCGAGGCGCACGCGUCGAGCGGGCUGGACCUCGAUUCGAUGGACCGGACGCGCGUCGGGGCGAUCAUCGGCUCGGGCGUGGGCGGGAUCACGACGAUCGAGCAGAGCGUCACCACGCUGAACAAGCGCGGCCCGACGCGGCUGAGCCCGUUCACGGUGCCCAAGCUCAUGGCGAACGCGGUGGCGGGGAACCUCUCGAUUCGCCUGGGACUGCGCGGACCGACGAGCUCGCACACGACGGCGUGCGCCUCGAGCGGACAUUCGAUGGGCGACGCGUACGAGACGAUCAAGCGCGGGGCGGCGGACGUGAUCUUCGCGGGCGGGAGCGAGGCGGCGGUGACGCCGCUGUGCCUCGGCUCGUUCAUGGUCAUGAAGGCGCUGUCGACGCGGAACGACGAGCCGACGAAGGCCUCGCGUCCGUUCGACACGGGUCGGGACGGGUUCGUGCUCGCGGAGGGGGCCGCGGUGCUCGUGCUCGAGGAACUCGAGCACGCGAAGGCCCGCGGGGCGACGAUCCACGCGGAGCUGUGCGGGUACGCCUGCUCGACGGACGCGUCGCACAUCACGGCGCCGGACCCCGAGGGCUCGGGCGCGAAGAACGCGAUGCGCUGGGCGAUGGCGGCGGCGGGGAUCACGCCGGAGCAGGUGGACUACAUCAACGCCCACGGGACGUCGACGCCCCUGGGCGACGUGGCGGAGAUCAGCGCGGUGCUCUCGCUCUUCGGCGACCACGCGCGGAAGUCCGCGGGCGGGCAGCUCCGGCUCAGCUCGACGAAGUCGAUGACCGGGCACUGCCUGGGCGCGUCCGGGGCGGUGGAGUCGGUGGCGUGCAUCGGCGCGCUGCGUGAGGGGAUCAUCCCCCCCACCGUCAACCUCGACGACCCGGACGAGGCGUUCGACCUGCACCUGGUGCCGAACGAGGCGGAGGAGCGCGAGGUCCGCUCCCGAUUAUUCGAUGGCGAGGGGGAUUCCGGCGAUGGGGCUCAUGGUCGGCGAGGCCGUGCGCCGAUAGGUUGGGUGAUGUCGGACCGCACCGAACGCAUCCGGAAGCUCGAAGUGCCCAUCAUCGUGCUCCUCGGCGAGAAGACGAUGCCGCUGAGCCAGGUCAUGCGCCUGGGCCCGGGGUCGAUCAUCGAGCUGCCGAAGCCGGCGGACGAGAAGCUCGAGCUGAUGGUGAACAACAAGGUGAUCGGGCGGGGCGACGCGGUGAAGGUGGGCGAGAACUUCGGGCUCGAGAUCACGGAGCGCGGCCAGAAGGCGGCGAAGGUGGAAGUGAUCGAGGACGCGAACGAGAUUCUCGGGAACGACGACAUCGAGGCGCUGACGGCGAUCGGCCCUGAAUCCGUCAAUAUGGUCGCGUGCCCGCCCCGCAUCGGUGCGUGCACCCGGAGGUACCGAGAGGUCACCAUCAGCGCGAUCGUCUUCGCGCUCGUCGUCGGGGCGGUGAUGAACGCGGCAAUCACGUACGCCGGCCUGAAGAUCGGGUUCACGAUCGGCGGCUCGGCGAUCGCGGCGGUGCUCGGGUUCGGCGUUCUUCGCGGUUUGCUCCGCAAGGGCACGAUCCUUGAGACGAACCUCGGGCAGACGGCGGCGUCGGCGAUCAACACGUCCAACUCGGGCGUGAUCUUCACGGUGCCGGUGCUGUUGCUGCUGGGCAUCCCGCUCGCGGCGAACGGGACGGAUUUCUGGCUGAUCACGCUGGCGUGCGUCGCGGGGGCGAUGCUGGGCACGGCGUUCAUCAUCCCUCUGCGGAAGCAGAUGAUCGAGAUCGACCGGCUGCGGUUCCCGACGGGGACGGGCGUGGCGGUGAUCCUCCGCUCGCCCGGCGCGGGGGCGAAGAAGGCGCUGGUGCUCGUGGGGGGGAUCCUGGCGGGGGUGCUGAUCUUCGCGCCGGUCGGGUUGCCGCAGCUCGGUGAGAACUACGGCAUCGAGGCGCUGGCGAACUUCAGCUACACGAACAUCGGCAACGCGAUCUUCGGGAGCGGCCAGCAGGUCGUCGUCGGCGAGGACAUCAACGUCGGUCGCCUGUUCGGCAUCCCGCUGCAGUGGGAGGUGCUCUUCGCGAUCGCGCCGUUCGCGCUUGGGGCGGGGUACAUCACGGGGCGGGCGGGCCUGCUGGUGCUCGCGGGCGGGGUGCUGGCGUACUGGAUCCUGACGCCGCUGGCGUUCCAGCUCGGGUGGAUGCCCGAGACGGUGAUCGCGAAGCCGGAGCUGGCGGGGCCGUACGGCUUCCUGGCGUUCAACCGGCCGCUCGGUAUCGGUCUGCUGCUGGGCGGGGCGAUGAUGGGCGUGGUGAUGAGCCUGCCGGCGAUCGGCGCGGCGUUGAAGAGCAUCGCGGCGGCGAGCGGUGCGGUCGGGGGCGGGAGCGACGAGCUCGGCCUCAAGCCGCUCAUCGUUGCGGCGAUCGGUGCGUUCAUCCUGCUCUUCGCGGCGGCGAACUUCGUGGGCAACAAGCCGUUCAACACCGUCGAUCCGGUCACGGGCACGAGCUUCGUGACGCAGGGCGAGGUGCAGGGCGUCGAGAUCGUCGAGACGCGGGACUUCGGGGGGUACGCGGUCGGGUUCGAAUCGGCCGAGACCGCGUCGGCGUGGGACGGCUGGGACGAGUCGCAGCGUGCGGCGUUCCUCGCGGACAACAACGCGAAACGGGGUUGGCUCUCGUCGCUGCCGCCGAUGGUCCGCGCCGGGAUGAUCGCGCUGAUCGGGGGGCUGUGGAUCUGGUUCGCGGGGAUCAUCAUCGCGCAGUGCACGGGGAUGACGGACUGGUCACCGAUCUCGGGCAUGGCGCUGAUCACGGUGGUGCUUGUGAUGAUGCUCGCGGGGACGGGGGCGGUGAUCGGGGCGGUGCUCAUCGGCGCGGCGCUGUGCGUGGCGAUCACGCUCGCGGCGGACAUGAUGCAGGACCUGCGGACGGGCCACCUCGUCGGCGCGAAGCCGAAGCGUCAGCAGACGAUCGAGCUGUGCGUGGUGUGGAUCGGCCCGGCGAUCACGAUGGCGACCAUCCUGAUCAUCUCGCAGGGCAACCUGGCGCAGUUCGGCGUGCCCAUCGGCCCGGGGACGCCCACCGCGGCGCCGCAGGCGCAGGCGCUUCAGGCGGUGAUCACGGGCGUGCAGGGCGGCGAGCUUCCGUACGCGUUGUACGGCUUCGGGGCGUUGAUCGGGGCCCUGCUCGGCCUCGGAGCGUUCAGCGGGCUCGGCGUGCUGAUCGGGCUCUCGAUGUACCUGCCCUUCCAUUACAUCGCGACGUACGGCGUCGGCUGCGUGAUCCAGAUGUUCCUCUCCAAGGUCAAGGGCCGGGCGUGGGCGGAGGACUGGGGCGUGCCGGCCGCGGCGGGCCUGAUCGUGGGACGGUUCACCAUGAAGCUCAUCGCCUAUCUGAUCAUGACCGUCUGCCUCUGCCUCGGGACGCUCGCGGCGACGGUGGCGUACUCGCCGAAGCUUUCGAUGCCCGACGAGAUGCUGCUGACGACCCCACCGCUGACGCUGAACGCGGAGGCGGGCGUGGCGUCGUUUGGCGAGAACGCGGGGCUCAUCCCGAUCGCGCAGGGUCGCCCGUCGAUCACGCCGUUCGUGAUCGAGACGACGCUCGGCUCGCCGACGGCGGUCUCGUCGCAGUGGAAGAGCGAGGACGGGUUCGAUGGGGCCCGGUCGCUCUCGUUUGCGCGGGCCUCGGGGCUGUUGAUCCAGACGGACGCGGAGAUGUGGGACGAGCACGGCGCGUCGCCGGAGGGGUACUCGCACUUCCUGGUGGCGACGGGGCUGCUGGGUCGGGAGAUCGAGCCGAUCCGGACCCAGUACGAGAAAGAUCGAUUCUUCAUCCGGGCACUCGGUGACGAGCCGAUUGUCGACGCCUUCGAGGUGUGGCUUGAAGCGCUCAAGGCUGAGGAAUCGGCGGAGGGCGGCUCGACCGUCACGCGGCCGGUCCUCGCGGGCUUCGAGCAGGACGAGAAAUUCCAUCGCUACUGGCGCGAAUGGGGGAAGGAACUCCUCGAAGCGCGGAAGGCGGAUCGAGAGAAGGAGAUCGUCAACGCUCUCAAGGCUCAACCCGAGGCGGCUCGCGCGCUGCAGGAGUCCGUCAAUGCCGCGGCGCGUGACACGGAUCUCGAUGCGUUCGUCGGCGCGCUCGACGACGGCCACCCGGCGUACCCGCUCCGCGACGUGCUCGGCCGGGCGCUGGAGUUUGAGAAUCUCAAGCUCUGGACGAAGGAUGCUGUCAGCGCAGUGGAGAAGAAGGAAGCCGAAGCCGAGGCGUACGAGGCGCUGAGCGAGGCCGAGAAGGUGGCGCACGACGAGAAGAAGGAAGCGGAGAAGGAUCCCCGCCCGGACGCUGCGUCGCCCGCGUACCCGCCGGCGAUCGCGUGGCUCGAUCACGGCGUGGUUGUCGGGAUCGUCCCGAACGAGGCGGGCUCGGCGUUCGAGCCGGUGCUCGCGGACGCGGCGCUGGCGCACUCAUAUCUCUCGGCGCUGUCGCUCUCCGACGGCGCUGUCGGGCGGCUCGCGCCGGCGGGGAUCUUCACGGCCGAGCGGCGCGCCGACCUCGACGUGUCGGACGACGCGCUGCUGACCGGUCCGAUCGACGGCCUCGCGGCCGCGCCGAUGCUGGACGCGAACAUGGAGAUCACGCCGACGCAGCUCGCGCUGAUGCGCGGGGCGGGCGUGGAGCGGGUGCGGAUCAAGGAGUUCAGCUUCGCGCGGUGGGACAUGGCUUGGAUGAUGGGCGUCGCCUGCCUCGGGCUCGGGAUCGCGGCGUUCAUGGUGAAGAUGGCGACGCGCAAGGAGAUCCAGGCGGAGCUCGCGCAGCCCUCGUCGCACGAGGACUCGCCCGGCAAGUCGCUCGAGCGCGUGGUCGCGACGGUGGACGAGCUUGUCCGCGUGGUCAACUCGUCGGACGACGACGCGAUGCGGAACCACCUGGUGAUCGAGAAGAUCGGCGCCCUGCAGAAGAACGAGCUGGCCAACCUCGCGGACUCGCGGACGACGCUCGUCGCGGUGCUCACGCUCACUGGUUACGCGCAGUUCAUGGACCGCUUCAGCAUGAUGGAGCGGCUGCUCAACCGCGCGUGGUCGGCCGCGGCCGACGAGGUGACGGCCGAGGCGGUGCUGUGCCUGAACGAGGCGCAGGAGCUGAUGCCACAGGUUGUGGCGGCGAUGAAGCCGAACGGCUCCGGGGCCGGUCAUCUUGACGUAGAAGAGGCCCUCGCCGCCGAAGAGCUUGUUCUUGAUGCCCGGGACGAACUCGAUGGUGUAGUCGACGCUCGGCUCGAAGGCGACGAGGCAGCCGGUGUCGACGCGGAGGACCUGACCCGGCUCGAGCUCCUCGCGGACGACGGUGCCGCCGGCGUGGAAGAAGGCGGUGGCGUCCAUGUCGCCGGCUGGGGCGGUGAUCUUCUGGAGGAUGAAGCCCUCGCCGCCGAAGAAUCCGGCGCCGAGUUUCUUGGUGAAGGCGAUGUCCACCUCGACGCCGCGGGCGGCGCAGAGGAAGGCGUCUUUCUGGCAGAGGAGGGUGCCGCCGAACUCUCCCAGCUUCACGGGGAUGACGUGGCCGGGGUAGGGCGAGGCGAAGGCGACGUCGCGCCGGUCGCUGGCGUUGUUGGCGAACAUGGUGAUGAAGAAGGACUCGCCGGCGACGAUGCGUUUGCCGGCCUCGAAGAGCUUGCCGAAGACGCCGCCGCCGUCUCGCUUCAUGGAGAGGGAGGUGCCCAUCUCGAUGCCGUCCUGCAUGUACAUCAUGGCGCCGGCCUCGGCGACGACGGCUUCCUGGGGGUCGAGGGUGAUGACGACGGCCUGGAGGUCGUCGCCGAUGAUCACGUGGUCGAUGACGUCGGUUCUGACAUGCACAAGCGGACGAUCGCGUUGGCCGCGUUGGCGGUGGUGUGUUGUGUUGUUCUGGGAAUCGCCCCGGCGGUUUCAACCGCGGGCGACGAGACGAAAGACGCGGGUUCACCGGCGUUGACGCUCGCCGACCUGGCGUGGCUCGGCGGGUCGUGGGCGAAGGACGAGGACGGCCAGUUCGCGGAGGAGAUGUGGGGCGCCGGUUCGGGCGGGGCGAUGAUGGGCGUGUUCCGGUGGGUCGUGGAGGGGCGGACACUCGUGUACGAGAUGCUCGUGAUCCGGGAGCGCGAGGGGGAGGUGGAGAUGCUCAUGCGCCAUUUCUCCGACGAGCUGGUCGCGUGGGAGAGCAGGACGCUCGUGUUCGAUGUCGUGGAAUCGGGCGAGGCGACGUGCUGA